AUGCAUGUCACUUACUUUAACAUUUUCUUCGCCCUCGCACUUACAGCGAGUGGUAUACCCACACCUCCCAAGUCUUGUUACCUACCAAAGCGUCUGAUCGCGCUUGAAGAGCAUGUCACGUCGCCAUCUUUGGAAGCUGAGGUGGUUGCCGCAGGCAUAGUACAGCGCUACCCCGGUGUACUGGAAAAGCUUAAGGACGUUGGAGCCGGUCGACUCGCUGCUAUGGAUGCCGGCCACUUGUCUAUGCAAGUCCUUGCCCAGCAGUCUGCCACGGGUUUGGACGACCCCGAAGGAUGUCGCGCAGCAAAUGAUGCUGUUCGCUCAGCAAUCAGAGCCAACCCUAAGCGCUUUGCUGGCUUUGCCGUCCUGCCUAUGUCGCUGCCGGAAGAGGCUGCUGCGGAGUUGAAGCGCAGCGUUACAACGCUUGGUUUCAAGGGUGCGAUGAUAUGGAAUCACCUCAAAGACGGCACGUACUACGACGCUGCACGCUUCGAUCCAGUCUUUGCAAUGGCGCAGGAACUUGAUGUACCGCUGUACCUGCACCCUGCCGCGCCGACUGCCGAUAUUGCGUCCAAGCUGUUCGCCGGAAACUACCCUGCUGCCGUGGCUGGGCGGCUUGGGACGAACUCGUGGGGAUGGCACGUCGAUGUCGGGACGCAUGUCUUACGGCUUUACAGCGCAGGCUUAUUCGAUCGAUUUCCAAAGCUGAAAUUGAUCAUCGGACAUAACGAUGAAGGACUGCCGAUGUUCAUUGAUCGAAUCGACUCGACAGGUUUGCGUAACGAUACGACGUUCGGUCGGGUGUGGAGUACAAACAUCUGGAGCACGACGAGUGCUUUCUUCACUGUGAGGCAGUUUGAGCAAUUGAGGCAGGUAAGCCCAGUUGAGAGGAUUAUGUAUUCGGUCGAUUACCCAUUCAGUACGAAUACAGAUGGAUGGGCAUUCGUCGAGAAGUUGGCGCAGGCGCAGGUCUUGACUGACGCUGAGAUGGAUAUGUUCGCGUGGAAGAAUGCUGAAACAUUGUUGAAGUUGUGA